ACCACUGCCAGGCAAUCAGGACAGGCUGCAGGAGGCCCAUUACGAGCAGCGCGGUGGGCUCUUUUUCUACGCUGUCACGUCAAUGCACUUACGUGAUAAGGCUCCACGGUCGCUGGGAAACAGUAUUGCGGUCCUUUUAAGUUUCAUUCAAACUACCCACCGGGCCAUCUCCUAAAAGCAGCAUCAAGCCGACGUUGCCACAACAUCCACACAACGCAGUCGUCAUCAUUAGCAACACCAUGGCAGAGGAAUAAAGGAAAAAAACCGUGGAUUCAUUGAGCCCCCAAACUACGCAAGAUGGGUAAAGGCACAAUGGGGAGUUGCCAUGGCAAAGAUAUCCAAGUAAAAAGGCCCCCGCAUGAACAGCCCAGAGAUGAGAAAGGCAAUGGAAAAUUGCCCAUAGACCAACGGCCCAAACAAAUGGAAUAUGGUGGUGAAAGGGCCGAUAUUGCACUGAUUGGCUUGGCCGUUAUGGGCCAGAACCUGAUCCUGAACAUGAAUGAUCAUGGAUUUGUGGUCUGCGCCUUCAAUCGUACCGUUUCUAAAGUGACAGAGUUCCUGAACAAUGAGGCUAAAGGUACAAAGGUCGUUGGGGCCAUGUCGAUGGAGGAGAUGGUGGGUAAGCUGAAGAAGCCUCGUCGGGUCAUGAUGCUGGUCAAGGCUGGGGCAGCAGUUGACGCUUUCAUCGACAAACUGGUUCCCCUUUUGGAAAAAGGUGACAUCAUCAUUGAUGGUGGCAACUCAGAAUAUGUAGACUCCAACCGUCGGUGUAAGGCUCUUGCUGAGAAGGGUUUGCUGUUUGUAGGGAGCGGAGUCAGUGGCGGAGAGGAUGGAGCGAGGUAUGGGCCGUCCCUCAUGCCCGGUGGAGCUGAAGAAGCCUGGCCUCACAUUAAAAGCAUCUUCCAGAGCAUCGCGGCCAAGGUGGGCGACGAACCUUGCUGUGACUGGGUCGGCAGUGAGGGAGCAGGCCAUUAUGUCAAGAUGGUGCACAAUGGCAUCGAGUACGGCGACAUGCAGCUCAUCUGUGAAGCCUACCACCUGAUGAAAGACUUGCUAGGCAUGUCCUGUGAUGAAAUGUCAGAGGUUUUCUCGGAGUGGAACAAGUCAGAACUGGACUCUUUCCUGAUCGAGAUCUCAGCCGACAUCCUCAAGUUCAAGGACACUGACGGGCAACCGCUGGUGGAGAAAAUCCGUGAUUCAGCUGGUCAGAAAGGCACUGGGAAGUGGACGGCCAUAUCUGCACUGGAUCAGGGUAUGCCUGUCACGCUCAUCGGUGAGGCUGUGUUUGCACGGUGUUUGUCCUCCAUCAAGGACCUUCGCAUCGAAGCCAGCAAGGUCCUACCUGGCCCAGGGUCCAGCAAAUAUGAGGGUGACAAGAAAGAAAUGGUGGAGCACAUCCGUCAGGCCCUGUAUGCCUCAAAGAUCGUGUCUUAUGCCCAGGGUUUCAUGCUGCUGCGUGAGGCAGCCAAGCAGUACAAAUGGACCUUGAACUAUGGAAGCAUUGCCCUCAUGUGGCGCGGUGGCUGCAUUAUCCGCAGUCGUUUCCUGGGCAACAUCAAGGAGGCUUUCGACAAGAACAAGGAGCUGUCCAACCUGCUCCUGGACGACUUCUUCCGCGGCGAGAUCAUCAAGUGUCAGGACUCAUGGCGCAAGGUGGUGGCCCAGGGAGCACUGAACGGCAUUGCUACGCCUGCCUUCAGCUCGGCUCUGGCCUUCUUUGAUGGCUUCCGCUCAGAGCGCACGCCAGCUAACCUCAUCCAGGCACAGCGUGAUUACUUCGGUGCCCAUACUUACGAGCUUCUGUCAGCCCCUGGGAAAUUUGUCCACACCAACUGGACAGGCCACGGCGGUAAUGUGUCAUCCAGCACUUACAAUGCAUAGGCUGUUUAGUCUGGUAACAAGGUCCAACAUAGUUUCCAUCAGUACAGAAAUUCCAUUUCACAUCUAUUAGUGUUUCGUCAGAUUUCUUUGGAGUGGUUCCCUAAUGUUUUUACAAAGAUUACGAGCAUGAGUGAAGUUUGACCUCUUUGAAAAGCUAGGCAUAGGUACUACACAAGUACUUUUAAAUAUUCAUGUACCAAGUGAGUGUCUGUGAGGUAGGUGAGAACUUCCACAUGAGCCUGAGCACCAUUACAGGAAAAGUAGCUCCAGUGCUAUAACCUGUGUAUUGUAGUCAUCAAAUAUGAUGGACAUAGUGAAGUACAUCCUGGUAAGUUUGAGUUUCAGUAUUGUCAAAUGUGAGUACCAUAGCUCAUCGUCUUCUGUAGUCACCAAGUACUUUUCAAGAAGAGGUCUCAAGUACAUAUCCCCUUUUUGGCACCUGCACUCAAGUGCUAGAGAACUACAGGUCUUUAGUGUCAUUGUUUUAGUCUGUCAUGUCUGUGGUUCAGAAAUGCGCAGUCAUGGAUCACUUAAGGAGUCCUCAAGCUUGGGAUGAAAAGCAAAGUGUCAACAAAAUGGAGGAGGAAAAGCGAAGAGUAAAAUUGUUCUUACAGCAGUUGACUGUAAAGCACAGAAGUGAUUUGAAGUUGUUGGGAGAAAUUUCUCAUUUUUUUAUUGGCAUACGUGUAGCUCUAGCUGUUACAGAAUAUUGGUGCUAGAGGUUACUUUGGGAGUACUAAACGUAGGGAGAUAUUGUUUGAAAAAGAAACGACAGUGGCGAAAGAGCUUAUGUUAUUUACAGCUCUUUUUAAUAAAAAGUGGACACAGCGUAACAAGGCUCUAAAGCACAAAUGUGUAUAAGAUUUUCCUAAACUAAAUAAACUGUUUAUUUCAUGCACUGCCUCACUGGAGUCCAGGACCUUCUGGGGAGGAACAAAUGUUUUGUUGAUGAGAUUAAACAUUUUGAAACAGGAUCUUUUGAAAUGAUCUGACAUAUUUCCUUUCUGCAUGAUUCCAAUUUGCCCUGAAGCGCAUCACCGCACUACAUUUAGGCACCAGACUGUUUUCUUCGUUUUGGGUUGUAUUUCAAGAUGCGCAAACAUUUUCCUAAAAUUAGGAUGACUUUUUGAGCUUAAAAAAGUCUAUGAAACACAGAUACAGCAUACUGUAAACAGAUUUAUAUAUAUAUACUUUGAAAUUGUAAAACUUUGAAAUAUAAAGUGCUACGUAGCUUCAAGGUAGAUUUGUGUUGAUUAUGCACUUCUUUCAGUUUUCAGUGAUCUUCCUGUUUUGGAAUUUUUUUUAGCCUAUGUUAUUUAAAAAUUGCUAUUUUUGUACACAAAGGAAAAUAUUUUAAAGCGCUAAAAGUAGUAGCUAGCUAAUGGGAUUUAAAUUUGGAUUUGGUAAAUGGGAUUUACUUAGCACCUGAUUUAAAUCCUUACUUUUCUAAUUAAAACAGCCAUCUUUUCCUGAAAGUGUAACAUGUAA